UUAUGGCAGUGUCGACACAUCUGCACAUUACAAUCCUUGUUGAACACUCAACAACAAUGUAAAUAUAAAUAUGGUGGUGUUUAAUAAACCCGACUCAAAACUUGUUAUGGCACAAAAACAAAAAUCUUUCACAAUUAACUCUAUUUUGGCCGGAAGUGAAGUGAAAGAAGAGGAUAGUGAAAGUGAUAGCGAUUUGGAUGUGACGGGGGAUGACACGCCACCUCUGGAUUGCUCGCAAAAGCCGGCAGGGAGCAAAGAAGCGGAAGAAAGUGAAGAAAAAAACAGCAAACCCAACGAAAAACCACCAUACAGCUACAAUGCCCUUAUCAUGAUGGCUAUCCGAAAUAGCCCGGAAAAACGCCUCACUUUGAACGGAAUCUACGAAUACAUAAUCCGGAAUUUCCCUUACUAUAAAGAGAAUAAACAAGGAUGGCAGAACUCGAUUAGACACAAUCUCAGUCUUAAUAAAUGCUUCGUGAAGGUUCCUCGUCAUUAUGAUGAUCCAGGGAAAGGGAAUUACUGGAUGCUUGAUCCUUCAGCUGAGGAUGUGUUUAUAGGGAGCAGCACUGGUAAGCUUCGGCGGCGAUCAACAGCCGCCUCCAGGACACGAUUGGCGGCGUUUAAACGGACAAUAGCCUUGGGGGGAUUUUACCCACCUUUUACCCCAUUCGGACACUUGUACCCGAUGCUUUAUCAACGAUGUCCUUAUCCAGGACCAAGUUUUCUACGACCUGGGAUGUUUGAAAUGUAUGGAAAUUUGCGACUUGCCCCCCAGUGUCCCAUCCAGAUACCUCUCCCAGUGGUACCGAGGGAGGAUGAAGGACUUCUCAAACCUGUCACUGUGAUAACUAAAAAUAAUUAAUUGUACAAACUGUA